CGAACUCCCAAAAAUGCUAACCUCCAAACACGGCCUUAGGGGGAGGAUGGAAUAAUUUGAAGGGGGAAGCCGGGAAGGUGAAAGACGAUGUCGGAACGGCACCAUUUCCCGGAAGAACUCUUGAUCGAAAUCCUGAAAAGGCUCCCCGUUAGGUCCCUCGUCCGCUUCACCGCCGUUUCCAAGUCGUGGUUCCUCUUCAUCACCAGUCCCGCCUUCGCCUCCGCCCACCUCCGCCACUCCCGCUGCAAAGAUAAUUCCGGCCGGAACCUCCUCCUCCACCGACGUGUACGACAUCCGACCAGAAAGGGUAAGUAUGAAAUACUCUGCGAAUCUGAUCAUCAAACACUUACCCCGAUCAGCUCUCCGGAGCUCCCCCUUUCGAUCCCCGACGGGAACGAGAUACUUAUCAUGCUCGGCUGCUGUAACGGCGUCGUUUGCUUAGUCUCCAAUCCCUAUAGCGAGUCCAGAUCCAUAUACCUUUGGAACCCUUGUAUUCAGAAGCUUAUGACCUUGCCCUCUGCUGCAAUUAUUAGACCCUGGUGCUCCUCCGUACUAGGGUUUGGUGUUGAUCCAGAGGGUGGUCUCAAGGUUGUCAGAGUUGUGCUUGAAACGGAGAAGGGAUCGAUUCGGAGGGUGUCGGAUCAUGUUGAGAUUUAUUCACUCGGCACGGGGACGUGGAGAAGGAUAUCUGUUGUUGGGGUGAAUCCCUGUAAGAUCAUUUUAGUUCAGUCUCAGACUUUUGUCCAUGGAGCAGUGCAUUGGAUUGGGUCCAAAUUGAUGGACGACAAUGCGAGACAGAACUGUAUAAUUGUGUUCUCCAUGAGUGAUGAAGUUUUUAGUGAGAUUAUGCUGCCAGAUGAAUUGGCCAAUGCGGGUUCAAGUUCUUCAAAAUACUUGAGAAUGGUGGCGUUUGGUGAGUCUGUUGUUGUUUCUUGGCAAACUGUAGGGAUGGAUGGCCUUUCGUUUGAGUUGUGGAUGAUGAAAGAGUACGGAGUUGUGGGAUCUUGGUGUAGGCUACAUCGUAUGGAACCGGUUGAAUGGGUCAGGGAAGUUGUUUGCCUUAGGAAAAAUGGUGACGUUUUCAUCUCUACUAACGACGAGGAGGAUGGUGAGCUUGUUUCGUACUGCCCGAAUACUGGAGCUGUUAGUGAACUUGGAAUCUAUGGUUCCGACAACAUAUUUUACGUUUUUGAAUACUUGGAAUCUCUUGUUCUGCUUCAAGAACAAAGCUGCGUUAUUGAUGGGAUAUCUGAAGAAAUGACAAGUUUGGCGUUGAUUUGAAGAGGAGAAUAGGUUUGGUCGCUUGCUUAAAGGGUUAUGAUGCAAUGUGUCAAGCACAUGAGAAAGUUAAUGGAUGCUGGAGAGAUGCUGCAAAAUGGAGACUUGAUAUUGGGUCUGCAAAGGAUUCCAACAUGAUUCUCAGUCGGUUUGUUUUGGUAAUGUAUUCGCGAUUGUGCUUUAGUAUAACAUUUGUUAGUAUUCGGUAUUGAACUCUUCAUCAUAUCAUACUCUUCGUAUUCAUUGUAAGCAGUAGAGAAUAGCUAUUGUAAAAUCAUCGGUGUAGACUGUUGAGGAUAGUGUUCCAAAAUCUUUGGAGCAAGCAAUCGAGGAUAAUCAUAGCCAAAUUCUCAGUGCAAUUGGUUGAGAACAGCUGUAACAAAAUCAUCAGCGUAAGCGGUUGAGAAUAACCGUUGUGGAAUACUCGUCAUAUUGGCGAGGAUUGUUUGUCAAGAUUGUGCGUUUCUUCUCGAAGGAUUCGAAGCCAACGCCUAAUGGAUUGUGAAUCCUAAAGUCGGAGCCUUUACGUAUUGGCGGGUUUGGAGUAGGAUUUUUUUGUAUAAGACCCCAAUGUACUCAAUUUAAUUUUUACACCAAUGCAGCAGAGAUGUUUUGCAU